UGAUGCCGCCGCCGCUGGACUGCCCCGACUUCGACCUGUCCCUGGGCGAGGAGGCGACGUCCCCGCAGCCGGGGAGCGGGGCGGCGGCGCGGGGCCCCCCGACGUGCCCGGAGCCCCCCGAGCCGUGCUGGCGGGACGCGGCGGAGCGGCACCAGCGGGCGCUGGGGGAGGCUCUGGAGGAGAACAGCCAGCUGCAGGAGACCCUGGCGCAGAGGCAGGAGGAGCUGGCGACGCUGCGGGAGAGCAACGUGCAGCUGAAGGAGCUGGCGAGCCAGGCCCGGCAGCUGGCCGCUGUCCUCGACAAGCUGAUGCUCCCGCAGUGCCCCGACGGGGCGGCCCUUCCUCCUCCUCCUCCUCCUCCUCUUCUUCCUCCUCCUCCUCCUCCCGCCGCCGGCAGCGAGGGGGCGGCGGGGGUGGGCCCGAUGCUGCGCUCGGUGUCGGAGCAGUGCCGCGCCGCGCUGCGCAGCCUGGCGGGCAGCCCCCCGGCCAAGCGGCCCCGCCUGCACGGCGCCUUCCGCGGGCUGCGCACCGGCCGCGCCGCUCCGCGCCCCGGCGGCGGGGGGCUGCCGGGGGGGGGCAGCCUGCGGGCGGCCCUCGGGGAGGAGGGCGGCAUCCGCACGCUGGCCUUCCCGCAGGGAAACGCCUUCACCCUGCGCACCGCCGCCGGAGGGUACCGCUUCCGAUGGGUGCCGCGGUGA